CCCCCCUCCCCCCUGCUUUCAGUCUAAAACCCAGAAAACCAACAAAGUUUCAGAGAGGCGAAUUUGUAUAGUGCGCGCCUCUGUGUGUGUGUGUUGUCUGUGUUUGUAUGCAUGCGUCUGGGCGGGUAAGUGCUCGUCAGUGGUCACGAAGAUAUACAGAGAUAGAAAGAGAGAGACAGUGAGAGGAAGAGGGGAAAGGAGAAUAAGAAUUCAUGGAAUCCUCUCUGCAGCAGCCGCUGCCCAUGAUUCUAUUUUUUGUGCUUUCACUAUUAUUCUUGCUGGGUUUGUUUGUUCGGUUACGGCGUAAGCCGUAUCCUCCGGGGCCCAAAGGGCUGCCGGUGGUCGGAAACAUGAACAUGAUGGACCAACUGAGUCACCGGGGGCUUGCCAAGCUAGCGAAGGAAUAUGGUGGCCUCGUUCAUCUGAGACUCGGAUUCCUACACAUGGUGGUCGUGUCCAACCCAGAGAUGGCUCGUCAGGUUCUUCAAGUACAAGACAACAUCUUUUCCAACCGUCCGGCCAAUAUGGCCAUAAGGUAUCUGACGUACGACCGGGCGGAUAUGGCUUUCGCUCACUACGGACCCUUCUGGCGUCAGAUGCGCAAGAUCUGUGUCAUGAAGGUGUUCAGCCGAAAGCGGGCGGAGUCGUGGAGCUCCGUACGUGACGAAGUUGACUCCAUCGUUCGAGCCGUGGCUGCCAAAGCCGGGUCGCCAGUCAACCUGGGCGGGCUGGUGUUCCAACUCACGAUGAACGUAACCUACCGAGCCGCGUUUGGGUCGGACAUAUGUGAAGGCCAAGAGAAGUUCGUCGCAAUAUUGCAAGAGUUCUCGAAGCUCUUCGGGGCCUUCAACCUCGUUGACUUCAUCCCUUGGCUCAACUGGUUCGACCCUCAGGGAUUCAACAAGAGACUCGCCAGGGCUAGACGGUCCCUCGACGUCUUCAUCGACAAAAUCAUCGACGCUCACUUGGCGAAGAGGAAGAACAAGAAGUCCGACAAUACAGAAGAAGAUAACGAUAUGGUAGAUGAUCUACUCGCCUUUUACGAUGAAGAAGCCAAGAAAGGCGAAUCAGACGACUUACAAGGAUCCAUCAAAAUGACCAGAGACAACAUUAAGGCCAUCAUCAUGGAUGUGAUGUUCGGUGGUACUGAAACCGUUGCGUCUGCAAUCGAGUGGGCCAUGGCUGAGAUGAUGAAAAGCACAGAGGAUCUGAAGAGGGUACAACAAGAGCUUGCCGACGUCGUGGGUCUGGACCGAAUAGUUCAGGAGUCGGAUUUCGACAAACUAACGUUCCUUAAGUGUGUAAUAAAAGAGACACUCCGGCUUCACCCACCCAUCCCACUCCUCCUCCACGAGACGGCGGAGGAUGCCGAGGUCGCCGGCUACGCCAUCCCGAAGAAAUCUCGGGUGGUAAUCAAUGCGUGGGCGGUCAACCGAGACCCCGGAUCCUGGGACCAACCGGAAACAUUUAAGCCAUCGAGGUUUCUGGAGCAGGGAGCACCAGAUUUCAAAGGAAGCAACUUUGAGUUCAUACCGUUCGGCUCUGGUCGGCGUUCUUGCCCAGGUAUGCAACUGGGACUCUACGCGUUAGAGUUAACCAUGGCUCACCUCCUCCAUUGCUUUACGUGGGAGUUAUCAGAUGGGAUGAAACCCAGUGAGCUCGACAUGAACGAUGUCUUCGGACUCACCGCUCCCAGAGCGGAACGACUCGUCGCCGUACCAACUCCUCGCUUGCAGUGUCCCCUGUUCUGAGCGAGUUCUGAUUUCAGACACCCAACUCCGAUUAUUUACGUGAUUACGUCUCAUUUUCUCCAUAUAUAAAAUACCUAAAAUAUUCUACUUUCCUUGUUUUUUCUUUCCUUUACCUUUUUUUUUUUUUUUUUUUUUUUCUUUUGCGAAGAAAACCAAGAAUAAGCCAGCAACAAAUUGUAUUCUUUGUGCAGUGGCGGGUUGCACAAACAAAACAAGAUCACUAAGAUGAGACCUUUCGAGACGUAAAAAUGGAGAAAAAGUAAAGAAAAAAAAGGAAACCCGAAGAAGGAAAAGGUCGUCAUUGUUCUUAUUAUCUGUAUAUAGAAUAUUCUCUGUUGUUCAA